GGGCUUUUGGCAGCGAAACAAUAUUUAACAUUCCGGAGGCUGAGAUUAACUAACUCCAGAUGUGAAUCCCCGAGAGAGAGAGAGAGCGGAGAGUGAAAAACAGGGAAGGAAAUCUUCGGGAAGAUAGAGGGAGAGAGAGAAAGAGAAAAUCCAGAAAAGAGAGAGAGAGAGAGAAGCAGAGUGUGAGAAACAGGGAAGGAGAGAAGUUUCAGAGCUCAGUUGAAUGAGAACAUCGACGCGGGAUCUGGAGGAAAGUUUUUUCCCAGUUUGGGGGAGUUUCUCUGGAAGUUGGAGCAGUCCCGGGAGGGAGCGAGCUUGCUCGGGAAUCCCUGUCGGGCUCAGUCUGAGAUGGCCCGGGCUCUCUGGCAGUUUCUCUGCCUCCUGUCGAUCCCCGUGGGAGCGGCGGCUAUCUCUUAUCCCCAAAGGUACCCCCUGUACGCGGCUGUCCCCGCAGAACCCAGCAGCCAGGCGGCGCCCGGAGUGAGGGCAACCAGCAGGCACAGGAACUGGUGUGCCUAUGUAGUCACACGGGUGGUAUCCUGCAUCAUUGAAGAUGGUGUAGCAACAUUCGUCAAGCCUGAGUAUCAGCCCUGUGGAUGGGGCCCACUACAAUGCCCACGGACAGUGAUUUAUCGUUCCUUCAUGAAGCCGCGAUACAAGAUUGCAUACAAAAUGGUGACAGAAAUGGAAUGGAGAUGUUGCCACGGUUACUCAGGAGAUGACUGUUUAGUGGGUCCACCAGGACAGACUGACAUUGUAUCUCCGAGACCAUAUCAGCCCAAUCCAUCUGGUACAAGGCCAUCAGCAGGAUCCUCAGUUGAAGGUGGAAUAGAUUCUGAUAAAUCUCAUGAGAUGGAAGAAAAGAUCCAGAAGUUGAAUCAGGAAAUCCACAAUCUUCAGUCCACUAUCCGAGGGAUGAAUGAGAAAUUCCAGGAUGAAAUCCAGAAAGCGAUUGAAAUUGCAAUGAACGGGAGGCAGCCAGCUGACGCUGCAUCCCACCCUGACAUGAAGGAGACGAUCAAUGAGAUUCAGAGAAAACUCCACCAGAUUGAUAACCGAGUAAAGGAGCAUGAUGGUGAGAUUAACCUUUUAAACACAAUCAAACCAGCUGGAGGUGCUGGGGUCAGUCAGUCUGAGACUGGCCAGAAAUGGUCGGAUCUGAAGGAAGAGCUGGUCAGGGAGGUGGAACGCCGGAUACAAAACUCCUGCUUCUCCUGUCGAGCUGACAUUGAGCUCCUCCGACAACUUCAGGAGGAAGACAGGCAGAGGCUUCGGGAACUGAGCAGAAUAUUCAAUGCCACUGAGCAACACAAUAGGCAUCUAAUAGAAAGCAUUCAUAAGCACAUCAGUGAAAUGCCAGAACCUGGGCCAAACCUUUGCUGUGUGGAUAUAGACAGCAACAAAGCAAAGUUAGAGGAUGUGGAACAGAAACUCACUUCUCUAUCGGAUGAGGUGGGGGUUUUGAAUCAGAGACUGGACCAUCAGCUUCCUGGCUUAUCUUCAGGCAGCUCUCCAGGGAAUGAUCAGUUCCACAAACGAUUCCAACACAUUGAACGAAGACUGAACCAAACUGAGAAAAAUCUUGAAAAACGCAUCAUGUCCCAUCUGAAAAAUCUGAGGCAUGAAUUUGGGGGUAGAAUCCAUGGGAAUGAGGAGAGAGUUAACACAAUAGUGUCUGUUGUAGGCAAUGGUACAAUUUUUGAUGAUUGGGUGAGAGACAAAGUCACUGGUUUAGGUGAAGACAUUGCAAAGUUAAAGAAUAUUGUAGGAGCAGAUGGAGAAAACCUAGUGACAGUGACGUCAAGUGUGCAUGAUCUGGAAUCCAAGCUGCAAAUAGCUGUCAGUGGCUGUGCACAGAUGUGUAGCCCUCCCCAAGUCACGGUCAUAGAUGACGACCAAAAUCCCUCUGAGAUGCUGGAUAUUUUAACCAAACUUCAGACCAAUAUUAUGAAGAAUGAGGCUAAUAUUCAAAACAUUGGGUCAAACAUUCAUAAUCUUACUGUAGGAGGUAAUUCAUUCAAGAACAUGCUUUAUCAGUUUGGGCAGGACGUCGAACAAAUAAAGAGAAGGAUGCAUUCGAAUGUGGAACAAAUGGACUUCAUUAGCUCCAGUCUCCGGGACUUGGACAGCAGGAUCCAAAGUGCGAUUAAAACCAGUGUUACAGAAUGCAAUACCAUAAAAGAUGAAAUCCUUCUGCAACAGAAUGAAAUUAACAUGCGAGUUAACCAAUUGACCGAGGAAUUGGAGAAACUGAAGGAGAAAGCUGGCCGUUCAGAGUAUAACUGCAGCUCAAUGUGCUCAACAUUUCAGAAAGAAUUAAACCGGUUAAAAGAGGAGCUCAGGGAGCCUGCCAACAAUUAUAAAGACCUGCUGUUUAAAAUGGAAACCUUCAACAAGACUCUCAAUAGGUUUGGAAUGUUUGGUGGCAAUUUGGGUGUUGACCUUGGCUCGAUGCAGGGAGAACUGAAAGAUGUCAUUGUGACCUUCAAUUCCAUCAAUAGCACCUUAAAGAGCCUUCAGGAUAAUGUUCACCAGCAGAGCCAUAACACAAAUAUGUUGAACACAACUUUCUCUGAAAGUACAGACAGACUGAUUACAGACAUCAGCAGGAUUCAGGAAGAGCUGACUGAUCACAUUGAAGACAGUAACAAUAAGUUCAUAAAUUUUCAGAAUGAGUUGGGCAAGUUCAGCGGCCACAUGGUAGUGGAAAUUGCAGAAUGCAGGGAAUCCCGGGAAGGACUUGACCAUCGAGUAUCCAAACUGGAGAACAUCUGUGUCAAGUUGGAUUCUGUGUCACAAAGUCUGGAAAAAAUCAAAGAGGGCUUAAAUAGACAUGUCUCCAGCCUGUGGAACUGUCAAAGAGAAUUGAAUACAACAUUGCAGAUCCACUCCGGGAUGUUGCAAAAUAUCCAGGACACUCAGCUGGGAAUCGUGAAUCAGAAAAUCAGAAUGCUGAACCAAUCCAUGGCUGAGAUACACACGACAGUACACAAUUUCACAAUUCAGGAUUUCAUCGGUAUUGAAGGACCCCCAGGACCACCUGGACCACAAGGUCCUGCAGGUGAAGAUGCCUUCAUUGAACGGAUUUCAUUCUCUGCAGCCCUCACCAGUCCUCAACUCAGUCCUGGGACAAUCCUGUUUGAUAAGGUCUUGGUAAAUGAAGGAAACCAUUACAAUCCAAACACAGGUAUCUUCACCGUCCCAUAUGAUGGCCGCUAUUUCAUCAGUGCCAUUCUAACUGGACAUCGUAACCAGCGGAUUGAAGCAGUCCUCGCAAAGUCCAACGCUGGGCUGGCAAGGAUUGACUCAGGGGGUUUCCAACCUGAAGGAUUGGAGAACAGGCCUGUGCUGGGGGCUCAACCUAUCUCAGCAUCCCUGGGCAUCUUCAACAUCAUCUUACCACUCCGCCAAGGUGACACCGUCUGCAUUGAUCUGGUCACAGGCAGACUGGCCCAUUCAGAUGAACCACUGACUGUUUUUAAUGGGGUUCUUUUAUAUGAAGAUGAGGACAUUUGAUUGGCUUACCCUGUCUCAGGGGCAAUAUUUAAACAGAAAUAUAUUCAGAGCUUUUUCAUACAACUACAAGAUCGAGAGACUGAUCUCCACACUGCUGAAGAAGGCUCACUGGACCUGAAACGUUAACUCUGCUUUCCCUCCACAGAUACUGCGAGACCUGCUCAGUCUCUUCAGUAAUUUCUGGUUUUGCUUCCCAGGGUCGGAGAGGUAUUUAAGGUAAAACAAGGUAUGUAGCAAUCUCUUCCACCAACUGCUGUUGCAGGAGGGAACGCAAUCGCUGUGGCAUUCAAGUUCAGACCUCACACCCCUAUUUUAUCUUUUUAAAAAAGAUUCACAUUUAACCGAAGGCCAGACCCAAUGUCCAGGAUCCAGCAGAUGGCUGGGCAGGUUUGGUGUCUGGGAUAUGGAAAAGAAUCCAAAUUAUUGAGUUUCUUAUAAAAACUGUCAGUUGACAGGUGACUGUUUAUUAAUAAAAAAAGUUCACUUUUUUAACAAA